AUGGAAGCAGCCUUCUCAUAUAUUGAGGAUAAAAUCAGGCAGAGAAUAGGUUCCUGGAACAAGAAACUACUUUCACAUGCUAGUAAGGAAAUUCCGUUGAAAAGUGUAGCACAAGCUAUGCCUACCUUCACAAUGGGCGUUUUUUUGCUACCUGUAUCUGUUUGCACACCAAUUGAACGGACUAUGAAUCGAUACUUGUGGGGUUCAGGAACGGAUGGUGGAAUACACUGGAAAGCAUGGCAGAUGCUUUUUAAACCAGAAUCUUUAGUGGCUCGUGUCUAUAAAGCAAGAUACUAUCCUAAGGGGUCAUUUUAUGAAGCAAACCUAGGGAAUAAUUCCAGUUUUUGUUGGCGGAGUAUCAUGGCAGCUAAGUGUUUAAUCUGUAGUGGGGUCAGACGAAGAAUCGGGGAUGGAGAGACUACACUUAUAUGGGCUCAUCCCUGGAUGCAGGAUGAACAGGAACCUAUGAUACAGACUGAGAUGCCUCCACAACUGACUGAUGCCAGAGUUGUGGGAUUAAUUGACCAGGAUACAUGCUCAUGGGACUAUUCUAUUUUAACUGAUUAA